AUGACACUCGGCGUGUUAGACACGCUGGCUGUAAUUGACCAUGAACAAGUAGAAAGAGGCAUCACGUGGAUCAAGCGAGAGAUCAAGAAGCGCUGCAUUUUAGGAAAAACUGAGUACUUUACAGCGACAUGGGAAGAAUUUUGGGGCUAUUUUGAGCGGACGUGGCUCGAGCAGUACUCGAUUGACGUGUGGAACGUAUUUGGUCUCGGCAACGAGCUCGUUGCGAGGACCAACAACCCGCUCGAACGUUUCAGUAGAGAGCUAAACAGUAGAUUUCCUACUCCGCAUCCUUCCAUGGCCACAUUUGCGACCGUCAUCAAGACGAUAGCAGCCGAGUACGUUCGUCGAAUUGGCGACGUGCCCAGCGCCCGUGCCCACAGAGUUCCACGCGAGCGGAUCCACUCCCAGAGCCCGUCAAUAUUCCUACCAACAUCGACAGCGAUGUGGACGAAGCUACGGCGCUUUCUCUGCGCGCCUCCGACUCCACUCCAGUCUCCACUUAGGUCGUGCCAGGUAUCUAGUAACACAACCCUCCAAAGCACUUAA